AUGGAAAAUCAAGAGCCCCAUCUCGCACUGGCUAACAAGCUCUAUCUACUGAAGCACCCUGAUGUGGAGGACAUCGAGAAGGUCCGCCUUCGUGACGAAGUCUACAAUGCUGUUGUUUCAGAUGACAUGGUGCUGCUCUACGAAAACCUAGUUGCCGAUGGGGUGCUGAAAUUGGAUCAGCAAUUACUUGAUUCUAUGCGUGCCAAAAACGAGGAGGAACUCAAAAAGCUUGACGAGAAGAUUGCUGAUGCAGAGGAGAACUUGGGAGAGAGCGAAGUUAGAGAAGCCCAUUUGGCUAAAUCCUUGUUCUAUAUUCGAAUCAGUGACAAGGAGAAGGCACUGGAACAGCUGAAACUGACGGAAAGUAAAACAGUGGCAGUUGGUCAGAAAAUGGACCUUGUUUUUUAUACGUUGCAGAUGGGCUUCUUCUAUAUGGAUUUUGAUCUGAUAUCAAAGAGCAUUGACAAGGCAAAGAAUUUGUUUGAAGAAGGAGGUGAUUGGGAAAGAAAGAACAGAUUGAAGGUGUAUGAAGGCUUGUUCUGCAUGUCAACACGGAACUUCAAGAAAGCAGCAAAUCUGUUCCUUGAUUCAAUUUCGACUUUUACGACUUACGAACUUUUCACAUAUGACACGUUCAUCUUUUAUACUGUUCUCACAAGUAUCAUAUCACUGGAUAGAGUUUCCCUGAAACAGAAGGUUGUUGAUGCACCUGAGAUCUUAGCAGUUAUUGGGAAAAUUCCAUAUCUCUCAGAGUUUCUGAACUCCCUUUACGAUUGCCAGUACAAAUUGUUUUUCUCUGCAUUUGCUGGUUUGACCACGCAUAUCAAGUUGGAUCGUUAUUUGCAUCCUCACUUCCGGUACUAUAUGCGGGAGGUCAGAACAGUGGUCUACUCACAGUUCUUGGAAUCAUACAAAAGUGUAACAAUUGAAGCGAUGGCGAAAGCAUUUGGGGUGACAGUGGAUUUCAUCGACAUGGAGCUAUCUCGCUUCAUUGCUGCUGGGAAACUGCACUGCAAGAUCGACAAAGUUGCAGGAGUGUUAGAAACCAACCGCCCUGACUCGAAGAACGCCCUCUACCAGGCUACUAUCAAACAGGGAGACUUCCUGUUGAACCGCAUUCAGAAGCUCUCGCGUGUCAUCGAUCUGUGA